AGAAGGUUCGCCAAGCCCUUGAUGAUUUGCAGAGGCAGUUGACCGACAUGAACGCCGAGGCAGGUAUACAGAGGCUGGCUUGGCGGGACAUCGAGACCCAGGCGGAGAAGAUCGUGCACUACAUCGACAACUCGAAGAUGGAGAGGACCGCUGACGGUCUCAACCCCAGCCAUCGUCGCCCCGUGCAGGACGUGCUUGACGGAGUCAAGGUUGUGUCGGAAGAUGCUGGGGUCCUCCAGACUAACGUGGUCCAAUUCAAAACGGCAACACAGAGAGUGCGGGAGGAUCUCCGUCAAUUGUCUUUGAUGGACGAAUCUGCUGUUGUGCUAGCUGCACCUGGAGGCCCACCAACGUCUCCUCUGGCACCGCUGUACGACCUGAUCACCCGCACCGUGAAUGUGAUGAGGACCGCCAUGGGAAGUAGUGGCGGUGUGGCAUAGCUUGCACAGACCAUGGGGUCCUCUCUGACCGUAGGGUGAACAGAAACCAUACCUGCCGUGUCCCUUUCUUGUCCUCCUAGGA